AUGCCGUCGCCGACUUGGGCAUUAACCGCUGCCAUCACCGGCGAGCACAGGGGCGGCCACCUGUUCAAUAUCGUCGGCUACUCGCGCGCGAAAGACAUACCUACCGGCUCGGCACUGUUGUCAGUCCCCUUCAUGGUUGGAGGCUAUCGCUGGGUUAUGUUUGUCUGCCCGAAUGGUCAAACCCCGGAGGUAGCAGAUUUCAUAUCUGUUUCGUUUGCUCUCAUGCAGGAUGUUGCGCACCCUGUGAAAGUGUGCGCUGAGUUCAGUUUCAUCGACCAGGUUUUAACCCAAGAUAUUAGACAUGUUGGCACAAGGCAAAUAGUUGAUAUCCCUGGAAGAAGUACCUGUAUGGGUGUCUCCAGGUUCAUUGCAAGGGAGGAAUUCGAAAAGUCCGAGCAUCUCAAGUUCGACAGUUUCACCAUCCGGUUGGACCUCAUCGUCAUCGAGUAA